GUUCAGAGUCGUUUGUACUCUAGUUGUAGCUGGCUGUCUAUAAUAGACAAGUGGGUGAAGCACGUGCGUAUGCAAAUCGUUCGUUCGCGCGUAUAUCGUUCGUUAGAGACACUUACGUUUGUUUAGCUAAUACGAACGAGCAAAUAAGCAAGUGAAUACACGACUUGCUCGGUGACGCCGCGCAUCUAUCUGAACAGGGCCAGGCAGCUCGAGGUGGAGGAUGCCUGCGUCAUCGUCUAUCAACAGCGAGAUCAAUCGCGACGGCAAAACAUGAUCGCUGUUUUAUCCGUUUUCUCGUUCUUCCGAUUCGCUUUCGUGCCAGUGACUUCUCAGCGUUAGUAAAUUGUCCGCGUUUUGGCAAGCCGGCUUACUUUAAUGGAUGGAGAGAAAGAUUAUCAGCAGAAGAAAAGGCCACGGGGUGCCUUUCAAUCUCAAAACAAUGCGUCAGGUUCAUCCCCUAUACCAGAGGAUGAAACUGAUUUGGAGGAUAUAUUCAAUACAGAAAGGCAUAAAGGUGAUCUCGGCGACAUGACAUUCUGUAUGGCAAACUAUCUGAAGGAAGCUAUGAAGAUGAUGUUUAUGAUGCGAAGUCAUCAUAUGCUGACUGAUGUGAUACUUGAAGUCGAUUCCGAACUAUUUCAUGCGCAUAAAGUUAUCUUAGCAGCAGCUAGUCCCUAUUUUAAGGCAAUGUUUACUGGAGGAUUAAAAGAAAGUGAGAUGACAAGAGUAAAGCUCCAAGGUGUUUGCCCAACAACGAUGGCUCGUUUAAUGUACUUCAUGUAUACUGGUCAAAUAAGAGUGACUGAGAUUACAGUGUGUUCUCUGUUGUCAGCGGCUACCAUGUUUCAAGUAAGCAAUGUGAUAGAUGCGUGUUGCACUUUUCUGGAAAGACAACUGGACCCCACAAACGCAAUCGGCAUUGCCAAUUUCGCCGAGCAACACGGUUGCCACGAUUUGUAUCAUAAAGCAAACGAAUUUAUUGUUCAACACUUUAAUCAAAUAUGUCAAGAAGAAGAAUUCUUGCAAUUGUCCGCUUUACAACUAAUAACACUUGUACGUAAGGACGAACUAAACGUGCAGGAGGAGCGAGAAGUAUACAACGCCGUUCUGAAGUGGGUCAAGUACAACGAAGAAGCGAGACGACCCAAGAUGGAGCACAUACUACACGCUGUUCGUUGUCAAUAUCUCACGCCAAACUUCUUGCGGGAACAAAUGAAAAAUUGCGACGUGUUGAAGAAGGUGCCAGCUUGUCGCGAGUACUUGGCGCAGAUCUUCAAGGACUUAACAUUGCAUAAAAAGCCAAUUGUAAAGGAACGCACGCCUAAUACACCGCGUGUGAUAUAUAUCGCCGGUGGUUUCUUCAAGAACUCGCUCGACGUGCUGGAGGGCUACAACGCCGAUGACAAAACAUGGACGCAGCACGCCAAGCUGAUUGUUCCUAGGUCUGGUCUAGGUGGUGCGUUCCUCAAAGGAAUGUUCUACGCAGUCGGUGGCAGACACAAUUCACCAGGAAGCAGGUUAGCGUUUCGACGCCAACCGUGUGCUGACGUUCCAAAUAGACAAAUAUACGAUAGUGACUGGGUCGAUAAGUACAAUCCGGUGACAGAUCAAUGGCGACCUUGUAGCCCAAUGUCGGUACCAAGAAAUAGAGUAGGAGUCGCUGUAAUGGACUGUCUGUUGUACGCAGUGGGUGGCAGUGCAGGUGCUGAGUACCAUAACAGCGUCGAAUGUUACGAUCCGGAUCAUGACACAUGGACCAAUGUGAAACCAAUGCACAUUAAAAGAUUAGGCGUAGGAGUGGCAGUAGUAAAUAGAUUACUUUAUGCAAUUGGCGGUUUUGACGGCAAAGACCGACUAACCUCAGUAGAAUGCUAUCAUCCGGAAAAUGAUGAAUGGACGAUGGUGUCGCCUAUGAAGUAUUGUCGUUCUGGGGCUGGAGUGGCCAGUCUAGGUCAAUAUAUAUAUGUUAUAGGCGGAUAUGAUGGAAAAUCGCAAUUGAACGUAGUAGAAAGGUACGACACGGAACGAGAUAUCUGGGAAAACGUCAACAACGUAAGCAUUGCUCGUAGUGCGCUCAGUGUCACCGUUCUCGACGGCAAAUUAUACGCAAUGGGAGGAUACGAUGGCAGGUCAUUUUUAAGUAUUGUAGAAAUCUAUGAUCCAGUUCAAGAUCAGUGGACCGAAUCUGUGCCUAUGACGUCAGGAAGAUCCGGCCACGCUAGUGCAGUAUCAUACUAUCAGUGUCCUAUACACUGUGAUCAUUUAGAUCACAAUAAUAUUUCCUUAGAAAAACCGCCGUCGUGAUACGAAAUACUUUAUAAAUAACUUUCAGACUAGUUAAAUGCGUCAGAUGUGACGUAGUUCUUUGAUUCUCGAGAAAACUGCAAUACAAAAUGGAAAAUGCAAUAAUGAUGGAUAUAUAACUGAGAUAUUCACAGGUAAUUUAUCUGAAACUCAAUUGAAGAAAUAUAUUACAAAACAGUUAGAUGAUACACGUGUCAUCGAACCGGACCAAGUUUGUUGGCUAAUGGCCAGUUGUUUUUGACCGGAACACGGUUAAGUAACUUUUAUUUAUCGUGAUCUUUAGAUUUAUUGAAGGACCAAUUUAUUUUAUAUUCUUUAAAAAAAUGCGACUGUAAUAUAAUUUUAUAUAGCUUUAUCUCUUUUUAAUUAAAAAUGACUGUAAUUAAUUCUUGUAUGUAUAUAAAUGCGUAAUGUAUAUACUCUUACACAUUCGAAGAAGAUAUUUUCAAAAAACCUUGCGAAUAUUUUUCUGCCAGCAUUUAAUAACUUUAUAUAAAUUGAGUUGCUAUCUUUUUUUUGCCACUUACACUGUGUUAUCGUCAUAAUUUAUUUUUGCUGUGUCUUAAUGAAAAGAUUGACAAAGCAACAAACUGCAUCAAAAUUAAUACUAAGAAUAAAAAUAAUGGAAUAUAAAUACGGUCAUAAAAGCCGUUCGUUGUGCGGAAAUAUGCGGAUAUAUAUAUGUAUAG